AUGCCUUCCACCCCCGCCCCAUCCAUGCUCUUCCACCCCCGCCCCAUCCAUGCCUUCCACCCCCGCCCCAUCCAUGCCUUCCACCCCCCGCCCAUCCAUGCCUUCCACCCCCGCCCCAUCCAUGCCUUCCACCCCCCGCCCCAUCCAUGCCUUCCACCCCCCGCCCCAUCCAUGCCUUCCACCCCCCGCCCCAUCCAUGCACUUCCGCCCCAUCCAUGCCUUCCACCCCCCCUUCCACCCCCGCCCCCAUCCAUGCCUUCCACCCCCGCCCCAUCCAUGCCUUCCACCCCCGCCCCAUCCAUGCCUUCCGCCCCAUCCAUGCCUUCCACCCCCCCCAUCCAUGCCUUCCACCCCCGCCCCAUCCAUGCUUUCCACCCCCCCCCCAUCCAUGCUUUCCACCCCGCCCCAUCCAUGCUUUCCACCCCCCACCCCAUCCAUGCCUUCCACCCCACCCCAUCCAUGCCUUCCAUCCAUCCCAUCCCAUCAAUGCCUUCCGUUUUCCACCCCGCCCCAUCCAUGCAUCUCAUCCAUGCUCUUCUACCUCUCGCCCCAUCCACCCCCUAUCCAUGCCCCAUCCAUGCCUUCCACCCCCCACAUCCCAUCCAUGCCUUCCACCCCCGCCCUAUCCCCCCACCCCCGCCCCAUCCAUGCCUUCCACCCUCCGCCCCAUCCAUGCCUUCCACCCCCCGCCCCAUCCAUGCCUUCCACCCUCCAUCCAUCCCAUCCACGCCUUCCACCGCCCCAUCCAUGCAUCCCAUCCAUGCCUUCACCCCCGCCCCAUCCAUGCCUUCCACCCCCGCCCCCAUCCAUGCCUUCCACCCCCGCCAUCUGCUUCACCCCCAACAUCCCAUCCAUGCCUUUUCCACCCCCGCCCCCAUCCACGUCUUUCCACCCCCGCCCCAUCCACGCCUUCCACCCCCACAUCCCAUCCAUGCCUUUCCACCCCCACAUCCCAUCCAUGCUCUUCCCACCCCCACAUCCCAUCCAUGCCUUCCACAUCCCAUCAAUGCCUUCCACCCCCGCCCAUCCAAACCAUGCUCUUCCACCCCCGCCCCAUCCAUGCUCUUCCACCCCCACAUCCCAUCCAUGCCUUUCUACCCCCACCACUCCCCCAUCCAUGCCUUCCACCUCCGCCCCAUCCAUGCCUUCCACCCCCCGCCCAUCCAUGCCUUCCACCCCUCCAUCCCAUCCAUGCCUUCCACCCCU